AUGGCUACCAUAGAGCCGCGUCUCAUCCACCUCUUGAAUGACGAUCCGACAUCCCCGGAGCUCCCCAACGCAGACCUGCUCCCAUUGCCAUCCCUGCCCACGUUACAGCUGCCGCCCUUGUCCGGGGCUCGCGAUGGGCCUCUGCCGCCGCUGCAGCUCGAGGGCCUUCGGGCAGACAGCAGCGGAGCUCCGUUGGCAUCACCAUUCAUCGGAGAUCAGUCGAAUGCCUAUUCAGAUUACAGGAGAGACAACGACUUCUCCAAAGAAGCUCCUUCAUUCACCAGCAUUCUCAACGAGGGCCCGGACUUUCAAGAUGAUGCUCCCUCAUCUACGUCCAAUUCCACGUCUACAUCCACAUCCGCAAACACAAACACAACCACAGACACAAUCACUUCUACGUCUACAACCGCGUCUACAUCCACGUCUUCGGACUCUUCCUCCUCAUCUGCAUCAUCAUCAUCAUCAUCUUCUUCUUCUUCUUCAAAUACCACAGCCGCAUCCACCGAAGAUCCCCCUUCUUCUGCCAACAAGAAGCGACCAGCGAUCCAUAUCAAGGAUGAUUUUGUGCAGCUACCACAGCCCGCAAAGAAGCCAAAGGCCCACCAGGCUCCCUUCAUGCCACCCAUCAUCAACGGCCUUCUUGAGCCGCCGCCCCAUGUGGCUCUCUUCCCGCCCAUUGAAUCCAGUGCCUUUGACGACACCGAUGCCGGUCAGAGCAAGCUUCUCCAUGAGCUCAGCUACAGCCCUCCGGGUCCCCGCCUGUCUCCGGAGCCUGACCAACCUGUGGCCAAACCAAGGGCAACAAGGAAGCGUUCAAGCAAACCCAGGCGGAAAUGGACAGAAGAGGAGACGAACCACCUGCUCAAAGGCGUCGAUCGCCAUGGCGUGGGUAAAUGGACCAACAUAUUGGAUGACCCUGAUUAUACAUUCAAUUCGCGCUCGGCUGGCGAUCUCAAGGACCGCUUCCGUACUUGUUGCCCCGAAGAGAUGCGUCUUAGGAGUAAGCCAAGGCCCAAGUCGCUUUCGCCAAAGAAGAGUCCGGGGAAGACAGUUCAAGAGACCCAAGACACUCUCCUAGCCGAAGGCGGGCCUCUGUCGGGCAAGGACCCGGCUGCCUCUAUUCCGUUCGAGUUUGAUGACAUGCCCAUCAAGAGGAGUCGUGCUCAUCGGAUGAAAGUGUCAGACCUCGCGGGGCUCGGCAUCACGGGGCCAUUUAGAAGGGCCCGUAGGCGGGAGAGAACCGCUUUUUCCAACCGAGACGACCAAGAGAUUCUGCAAGGCCUUGAAAAGUAUGGCGCGUCUUGGUCCAAGAUCCAGCGCGAUGAGCGUUUUCACCUUGGCACCCGGCAGCCUACGGACCUUCGAGACCGGGUACGGAAUAAAUUCCCCUACAUCUUCCAGCGCAUUGAAAAGGGUGUUUUCCAGCCCAAAGAUGUCAGCAUUACAAACAUCCUCGAACCAAUGGUCAGCACGAGCAUUGUCGGCUCAUUCAAGUCUGCCCCUGCCCCUCCACUUACCUUAAAGGGCAACCCUGCAAAAGCCUCGCAGGAAGAGUUGCCCAAGUGGCCGUUCCUAACGGCUGGCUCGACGGAGCAGCUUCAGCAACCGACUCGUGACACUGACGAGUCUGCGGCUUCAGCAGCAGGUGGCGAGAUGGACAUUUCCAGGCUUUUACUGGACGAUGCUCAGUUGACACCUGCGCUCUCCUAG